CCCUGCUCGCUGCCCUGGCACCGCUACCUCCGCCCGGCCGCUCCGAGCCGAUGCCUUCUGCCCGCCGGAAUAUGUUCGCCAAAAUCCUUUUGUCCGCCGCCAGCCUCCUGCUCGCUCACCUGCUGCAUUUCCUCUGCUCUUUGAUGCAAUUCAUUCCAGGUUUCAAGAAUUACCUUCCCAGCCCAUCCAAGGAGCAAAUCCUCUGCCACAGACCCCAGGGGCUGCAAUCCAUCUCCCCCUUAGUGCAGAGCGUGGAGGAGACCCCCGAGCCCAUCCCAGCCAGGAUCAAAGGACACAUUCCUAAGUGGAUUAAUGGAAAUCUGCUGAGAAAUGGCCCUGGCAAGUUCGAGUUUGGCAAUGACAAGUUUAACCACUGGUUUGAUGGCAUGGCCCUGCUGCACCAGUUCCAGCUGGCCCAUGGCACGGUGACCUACAGGAGCAGGUUCCUGCAGAGCAGCUCCUACCUGAGGAACAGCCAGCACAGCCGCAUCGUGGCCUCGGAGUUUGGCACCUUGGCCAUGCCAGACCCGUGCAAGAGCCUCUUUGGGCGCUUCCUGUCCCGCUUCGAGCCGCCACAGCCCAGUGACAACUGCAAUGUGAACUACGUGCUGUACAAAGGGGAUUACUAUGUCAGCAGCGAGAACAUCUGCAUGCACAAGGUGGACCCAGAGACACUGGAAACAAAGGACAAGGUGGACUGGAGCAAGUUUAUUGCAGUGAAUGGGGCCACAGCUCAUCCCCACUACGAGUCUGAUGGGACAACCUACAACAUGGGCAAUUCCUAUGGGAAGCAUGGAUCCAGCUACAACAUCAUCAGGGUCCCCCCACAGGAGUCAGGCCAUGGGGACACGUUGGAGGGAGCCAAAGUCCUGUGCUCCAUCCCUCCCAGGGACAGGGCAAAGCCCUCCUACUACCACAGCUUUGGGAUGACUGAGAACUACAUCAUUUUCAUCGAGCAGCCCCUCAGGCUGAACCUGUUGAAGAUCAUCACCUCCAAGCUCCGUGGGAAAGCCAUCUCUGAUGGGAUAAGCUGGGAGCCUCAGCACAACACCUACUUCCACGUGGUGAACAAGCACACUGGGGAGGUGCUGCCAGGCUCCUGGUGCUCCCAGCCCUUCGUCGCCUUCCACCAGAUCAACGCCUUCGAGGAGCGGGGCUGCGUGGUGCUGGACCUGUGCUGCCAGGACGAGGGCACCAGCCUGGCCCUGUACACGCUGCAGAACCUCAGGAGGACUGGGGAAGGGCUGGACCAGGUUUAUGCCUCCGUCCCCAGAGCUUUCCCUCGCCGCUUUGUUCUCCCUCUGGACGUGGAUUCAGACACACCCGUGGGGAAAAACCUGAACCCGCUGCCUUACACCCAGGCAAAGGCUGUGAAAGGUGCAGAUGGCAAGGUCUGGUGCACACAUGAGAAUCUCCACCCUGAGGGCUUUGAGAAAGUUGGGGGCCUGGAGUUCCCCCAGAUCAAUUACGCUGGCUACAACGGCCGCAGGUACCGCUACUUCUACGGCUGCGGCUUCGGGCACCUGCUUGGAGAUUCCUUGGUCAAGGUUGAUGUGGACACCAAGAACUUCAAGGUGAGGUCAAGUCAGCUCAUCGAGUCCUUCCCCUGAACUGGAUUUGAAGGU